GCGUGUGCACAGCUAAUAUCUCACUGUCUAGAGCUGCCAAGCAUUUUGAAUGCCAAUGCAACUGUUAGUGGUUGGUUUUCAAUGUGCAUGUCCAAUGAAGCGUUCAAGACUUUUGACGCCUUCAGUGCGUGACGAAUGUCGACGACGAAGGCGGUCGUGGUGACCAUCAAAUCCCGGAAACAGUCACAGUCUAGCACCCAAACAAUUCACCAUCAACAAAUUCUUCUCAACAUGGCGACCAAACACGAUAUCUUCAUGAGUAUCAAGCCCGCCCACAUGGAAAAUAUCGCAUCCGGUCUCAAGAACCACGAGUAUCGAAAAUACAAACUCCCCGAUGAAGUGCGCCGCAUCUGGUUCUACACAACCGCACCAACAUCCGCCGUCUGCUACAUAGCAGAAGUCUCCUGCGCGAAAGAGCCCGGAGAAGUACCAGAGAAUGGUGGCAUCGGCAACGCAGACUUCAAUGCUGACCGGUAUGAGAUUGCAGACCAGCGCAAAAUCGAAACGAAGCCAAGUUCAGCCAUACACGAAGGUACACAGAAGACGCGACCUUCUUGAUUAUCAUCAGUCCUGUCUCAAGCCUGCAGGGUAGACGUGUCGAGUCACUUGCCGAUCUCCCACCUAUAGAUUCGGCACCUGCUCACCUCGUACCGAAACACUUUGCCACGCCAGUGACGACUCGCAGCCUCACAAGUCACGCCCAUCAACAGUCAACACAUACGCAACUUCGUCAAGCUGGGGAGGCGCCUGCUCGGGUACU